AUUGACCAACACUUUCUGUCUCACAACAAAAAAUAAUAAUAAAUAAUAUAUAUAUAUAUAUAUAAAACCCAUUGAUUUGAUUAGAUUAGAGGAGGAAGGGAAAUAAGAGAAAUUUCAGAGAAUCUGGCUGCUUCCCCUCUCUGGGCCUUCCGUUGCUGGUGUUUGAAGGGGAUUUCCAAGUCUGCUCUGCUCCGCGCUCCGCUCUGUUAAAUUUCUCUCAAUCUUUUACGGACGGAACGCGGGCAGCUUAGAUUUUAUUUUAUUUUUAUAUUUAUUAUACACUCACAAUUAGAAAUUUAGGAUCAGAGAGCAGACAAUCCCAGUUUGCGUUUCAUGUCUUUUUACUAGAAACGAAUUGAAUUGUCCAAAUACCCUCAUCUUCCUGAUAUCAAAUUCUCUUGUUUUCCUUUUUUUGUUUUUUUUUUUUCCGCAAAAAAAAAAAAAAAAAAAAAAAAAACACAUACAACCGAAAAAAAAGAAGCAGAAGCUUUCUUAUGGGUCUCGUGGUUGAUUCACAAGGAGAUGCUUUUGGUGGUGGUGCAUCAUGGUUUGGCUUUAAGAGUUUGAUAAGGAGGAAGCAGGUGGACUCUAUUCACACCAACUCUAGGCCUCAUCAAUUAGCCAAAGAGUUAUCUAUUCCCCACCUUAUUGCUGUUGGAGUUGGCUCGACAAUUGGAGCUGGAGUCUAUAUUCUUGUUGGAACAGUUGCUAGAGAACAUGCCGGACCAGCCUUGGCCAUUUCCUUUUUAAUCGCGGGAAUAGCAGCUGCUCUUUCAGCCUUUUGUUAUGCUGAGCUUGCAAGUCGUUGUCCCUCCGCCGGAAGUGCUUAUCAUUAUUCAUACAUAUGUGUUGGAGAAGGUGCUGCUUGGUUGAUUGGUUGGGCUUUAAUACUGGAGUAUACAAUUGGUGGUGCAGCUGUUUCUCGUGGAAUAUCUCCAAAUUUGGCAUUGCUUUUUGGAGGAGAGGGCAGUCUGCCUUCUUUUUUAGCCCGUCAAUAUAUUCCUGGAAUUGACAUGGUGGUCGAUCCCUGUGCUGCAAUUCUAGUAUUUAUCGUCACUGGACUCUUAUGUGUGGGAAUCAAGGAGAGUACACUGGCACAAGCUAUAGUGACUACAGCAAAUGUAUGUGCAAUGAUAUUUGUCAUAAUAGCGGGUUCUUAUUUAGGAUUCAAGAUUGGAUGGAUUGGAUAUGAGCUUCCUACUGGGUAUUUUCCCUUUGGGGUUGAUGGGAUGCUUACUGGGUCUGCUACAGUCUUCUUUGCAUACAUUGGUUUUGAUUCAGUUGCCAGCACUGCUGAAGAGGUGAAGAACCCCCAACGAGAUUUGCCUCUGGGUAUUGCGACUUCUUUAUCUAUUUGCUGUGGAUUAUAUAUGCUGAUCUCUGUUGUCAUUGUUGGUUUGGUACCCUAUUAUGAAAUGGACCCUGAUACUCCCAUUUCUUCUGCAUUUGCUAGCCAUGGGAUGCAAUGGGCUGCGAAUGUGAUAACUGUUGGGGCCGUUACUGCUCUCUGCUCAACAUUGAUGGGUUCUCUCCUUCCUCAGCCACGAAUUCUGAUGGCAAUGGCGAGAGAUGGAUUGCUGCCAUCAUUUUUCUCAGAUGUUAAUAAACAUACACAAGUUCCUAUUAAAAGCACAAUAAUAACUGGAAUUUGUGCUGCAACCUUGGCAUUCUUUAUGGAUGUCGAGCAAUUGGCAGGGAUGGUCAGUGUGGGAACUCUUCUAGCUUUCACUAUGGUAGCAAUAUCUGUAUUGAUAGUCAGAUAUGUCCCACCCGAUGAGGUGCCAAUGCCAUCGUCACUACAGGAGGCUAUUGAUUCAUUCUCAUUGCAAUAUGGUAGGAGUACUGAGGAGAUCAAUAGGGAAGAUGCCGAAAGCUCUGAUAAGGAUAGUAGCAAACCACUGAUUGGUGAAGUUAUUGUCUCUGUUGAAAUUCCUUUGAUCGCUAAACGUCUACCUUUAGGCAAUUACACAUUGAAUGAUAAUACGAGGCGAAAAGUUGCUGGCUGGACAAUAAUGUUCACGUGUAUUGGGGUGUUUCUGCUUACAUAUUCAGCAUCAAGUUUGGGCCUUCCCUGGUUUCUCCAGUUCGCAUCAUGUGGAGUUGGUGGUGCUCUUGUUUUAUGCGGUCUAAUUGUGCUGACUUGUGUAGAUCAAGAUGAUGCAAGGCACAACUUUGGGCACACCGGAGGUUUCAUUUGCCCUUUUGUACCGUUGCUACCUAUUGCCUGUAUUCUCAUCAACGUCUACUUACUAAUAAAUCUCGGAGUUUCAACAUGGGUGCGCGUUUCUGUAUGGUUCAUCAUAGGGGUGGUUGUUUACAUAGUUUAUGGUCGAACACACAGCUCGUUGCUCGAUGCAGUUUAUGUACCAGCAGCUCAUGCAGAUGAAAUCUAUAAGAGCUCAGCAAACUAUGGGGCUUAAAUCGGUGUACAGAACAUACAUGUCGGCCCCAUGCAGAUGCAGUGUACCAGUAGUUUAUUGGUUGUAAUAUUGAUGUAGGAAGGACCGAGAAAUCUGUCCUCCUGUUGUAUAAAUAUAAUUAUUUUUAAUCAAUGGCUUUCCAAUGAAAUGAUGUAUAUAUAAUUUGCAAGAGAAGGAAGGUGUCACUGAUAUUAUUUGUAGCAAGUUCCAAGUAUGGGCAUGGAAGCUUUUGGAUUAUUA